AUGACGUCUGAACUGGAGAGUAGCCUUACAUCUAUGGACUGGCUUUCGGGGAUUGCAAUAAGAGCAGGCAAUCAGAAUUCCGAUUCUGCCCAGCGCAGUCAUGCAACCGGAAUUACCAAGAAAAGUACAAUUCUUGAUCCCAAUACAACGUUGGACCAGGACGAUGUACAACAACACAAAGAUGGCAAACCUCCAUAUAGUUAUGCUAGUCUCAUUACUUUUGCAAUCAAUAGUUCGCCAAAAAAGAAAAUGACUCUUAGUGAGAUUUACCAGUGGAUUUGUGAUAAUUUUCCAUAUUACAAGGAGGCCGGCAGUGGCUGGAAGGUAAGGUGUUUGUUUGUUUGUUUUUUCUUUCCUCUAAUUCUUCUUUAAAAACGGUGUUGGUAUAUCAAAUUACAUAAAGUUAAAGUUGCACUAUAGUCACCAAAACAACAUUAGCUUAAUGAAGCAUGCUUUGCUGUAUAGAUCAUGCCCCUGCAGUCUCGCUGCUCAGUUCUCUGCCAUUUAAGAAGUAAAUCACUUUGUUUUUUACAGCUCUAGUCACACCUUUGUCCAUGUGACAUUCACUGCCUUCCAAAAGUGAGAUCAAAUGUUUACGCUUCCUUUAUUGCACAGUCUGUUUAAUUUAGUAUUUCUUAUCUCCUGUUCUGUUAAUAGCUAAACCUUGCAGGAGCCUCCCGCGGUUGAUUAAAGGGACACUAUAGUCACCAGAAAAACAACAGCUUAAUGUAGUGGUUCUUGUGUCUUUAGCGUGUCGCUGCAGGCUUUUUAAUGUAAACACUGCCUUUUCCAAGAAAAAAGCAGUGUUUACAUUAGUGCCUAGUAACACCCCUAGUGGCAGUUGCUGAGAUGGCCAUUAGAGGUGCUUCCUGUGUCCACGCUCUGCAUGGAGAUGCUGAACGUUCCCCAUAGCGAUGCAUUGAUUCAAUGCACCUCUAUGAGGAGAUGCUGACUGACGCAAUGCUUUGCAUGUGCAAUAUCUUCCCAAUGGAUUGGAUUGGAUUGGCUAAACUUAUCAAGUGUGAUGAUCUCAGCCACGGGAGAAAACUUGAGAAAUUUUUUCAAAGGGAAGCAAAGGGGGGCCGGUGACUUAAACAUUAGUUUUACCAGCAUGGUGCCAGGAAUACAUGUGUUCCUGACACUAAAGUGUUCCUUUAAAGUUAAAUUUACCUAGCAGGAGAUGAAAAUUGAAUCCACGUUAACAUCUGAUUUAACUAUAUAAAAAAAAUAAAAAUUCUGGAGGCUCUGAGUCAGCCAGUGGAGGUAUGGCUAGGGCUGCGUAAACCAAAACAAAAUAAUUUUAACUCCUAAAUGGAAUAAUUUAGUAGUGAGACAUUGAGGUGUUCGCUAUACACUAAAACUACUUCAUUAAGCUAAAGUUGUUUUGAUGACUAGAAUGUCCCUCUAAAUGCAGGAACACAAAUGUAUUAUUUUGGGGUUGUUCUGAAGAUUAUCCCUUUCAGAGUUUGCAGAACUGCAAAUGUCUCGAUGCUUUUCCAGCCACCACUGGAUGUAGCUAGCUCCAUAGAUAAACACAAAAAGAAUUCAGCGCUAGUAAUCACAAAAUUAGUCAAGGUAGGCAGCAACCCAAAUGAAGGAAAACCUCUUGGGUCCUUCGGUGGAUAGAUACAAAAAGAUAUGGAAGGGCUGCGCCAAAUAAGGGUAGAUAGUCCAGUAAAGUAUUGCUAGGGUGCCAAUAGGAUACAAAAUUAGUCAAGGUAGGCAGCAACCCAAAUGAAGGAAAACCCCUCGGGUCUUUCGGUGGAUAGAUACAAAAAGAUAUGGAAGGGCUGCGCCAAAUAAGGGUAGAUAGUCCAGUAAAGUAUUGCUAGGGUGCCUAGGAUACUUGAUAGAGUUCCUCUGUGGAUGCGUGUAGUGUAGACCGUUCCGUAUAUGUAAAUACAAGAGAGGUAGAGGCGACUAAUGGUAUAGUAUGAAAGUUCAGGGUGUGAUAGGUAACAAAAAGUAAAGAACUCACAUUCAAGAGAGCUAUGGCCAGCUCUGGUGUGGAUUGCGUACAGCGGUAUAAUCCCCGCUUAUGGGAUAUGUAGGGAGGGAGUCUCCGUCAACACCGUCUGGUAGUCCAGAAGUCGAAAAAGAAAGACAGAAAGCAACAAUAGUGCUCUCAAUUUUGAUGUGGUUCAAUGUGCAGAUAAGAAGAGGUAAAAAACUCACAUUUGAGGGAGCUAUGGCCAGCUCUGGUGUGGAUAGCGUACAGCGGUAUAAUCCCUGCUUAUAGGAUAUGUAGCGGCGAUACGUCCGUCAGCACCGUCUGGUGAUCCAAGGUUCCAAUAUAGAAGAAUAAAAAGCAGCAAUAGUGCUCUCAAUUGUGAUAGGUUAAGAGAGUAGUAAAGAAAAUAAAAUACUCACAAAGAUAGAGCAGAGGUACUCCAUAACCUGUAUACGAAUAUACCAUGCCCAGUGUAAUAACCAUACCGGGGAAGAUUUGUUGAGGAAAUAAAAUGGCCAAGGCUUGGUUACAACUGAAAGCGGGGAAUCAGAGGCAGAGUAAUUGGUCGUUGGGCCACAGUAAAAGCCAUUUAAGAACUGUCAUGCUAGUAAACUUCUGGGGGCUGUGGCAUAUGUGUUCCAGUCUAGAUUGUCCCAUUGCAGUUUACUUAUAUGUCGGCCAACAUUUGGUAGUUUGUAUUGGUGCUUACAGGCUGCUGGAGUCAUUGCCGGACACUCUUUUUAGAACAUUGAUUAGCUCAUUAAGUGGAAAGACACUGCUCAGUUUCAAAGUCCUGGAUUUGCAGGAUUUUGAAACUGUACAUUUAGAGAGUGCAUUGAAAGUCUCUCUGUAGAAAUCAUUGCAUUCAUUAUCAUACACACAAAUCUAGAAAAUCCCUCACCCCCCCACCCCCUCCACUAUCUACUCACUUGUAAGUUUUUUUUUUAACCACUGCUCACAAGACUUGCUUACACAGGCAAAGAUUAUCUGCAUUGAUAUACAAAAAAAACUAUACGCGACACUCAUCAAAUCUGCAGGUUGAAAAUUAGACUUGCCGUUUCAGCCAGUGCACCCAAAGGCAAUUAUGAUUAUCCGUUUACCAAACAUUUUUCAUAUCGAGUGAAGUAAAAUAAAAUCCUUAUAGAGACUGGCAAUCACAGGAAAUUUUAACUAUUAAGAUUGGACAGCUCAAAGUGUACUAUGUUAAUAUGUUUACAAUUUAUCUAAUGAAGAGUACAACCAUCAGUAGAGCAGAUCUCAUCUGUAUUUUGUAUAUUAAUUUUUCGAAAUACUUCAGCCGUCUUUAUUGUGUGUUUUUAAAGGUGCACUACAGUCACCAGAACCACUACAGCUUAAUGUGUGUGUAUAGUCUGUCCCUGCAGGCUUUUCAGUGUAAAUGCUGCAUUUUUUAGUGAACAGACAGUGUUUACAUUGCUGCUUAGUAACACACAGUGUGUAGCACCUAUGUUCAGAGUCUCCAAGCUGUGCAUGGAGACUCUGCCUGUUUCCCAUAGAGGUGCAUUGAUUCAAUGCAUCUCCAAUAAGGAGAUGCUGAUUGACGCAGUGUUCUAUUUUGGUGUGCGUGCGCAAUAACCUCACAAUGCUUUCCUAUGGAGGUGGGGCCCAGCGUGGGCGAAAAGGUGAGUAAAACCACCUUUUUAGCACACUCGGAGUGGGGCAGGUCACCUAAAAUGCUGCUUCAGGACUACUGUCAGGAAGACAUGUUUGUAUUCCUGACACUAUAGUAUUCCUUUAAAGAAACCGUAAAGAUUCAUAUGUUGAAAGUAUGAUACACUGUGCAACUUAUUUCUUUGCAUUAAACCCCCUAUGAGUUAGACUUUAGGCUUUUAAUCAUGUGUCCAGUUGUUUCCUAGGAAAUGUUAAUAGAACGUUUUGAGAAUGUCUGUAGCUAUGAGAUAUGGACAUCACUCCCGUUGUAAGCUAUAGGAGAACCAGUAUUGGACUAUCCCAGAAAUGUUUCUUGUUUCUGCAAGUGUCACUGCAGAAGAGCAUAUACUGGAUGUGUCAGGAUUUGACGUGUCCGCAUGUAAAAGUCCUAGAGAAACGGUUUGCAUCAAACAUGAUGCCGGAAAAUUACACCGUGCCACAACAUGUGCAGCGCCGCCACUGGAAUGGAGCAGGAUUGACAGGCAGCAUGGCAGGCUUAUUUUAUUUUUAUUUAUACAAUUUUUAUUUUCUUUAUUCAAGACAAAGUAAUACAUAGCAUAACAUAAGGGAUGAGGAGAAACAAAAAGCGAGUGGGAAAUACAGCAGGGGGUAAGCACAAUUGGUGGUACACAGCCAUUUAGCCUACGUUUCUGGAAGUGUUGAUCUAAUAAACAUCUUGGAGGCAUUCGUUACGAUGAUUAGUUUAAAACAUUUUUUUUUAAAAAUGACAUGCACGAUUACCAUAUAAUUAGUUCUCCAACGUAUAUUGUGAAAGGUGCUGUCAGUGCGUUGAUAAACACCCUUACAUAACACAGUCUUCAAUUGACUUACAUUCCCUGAGUCGCUUAAGAUUGGCCUUGAUGGGGUGCUGAGGCUUAAGGUAAAUUCGCAGGUAGAAGCCCCAACACUUGUUUGGUAAGGUGUGCCAUAAUUGUGUAUUUUGUUCCACGGCAGCAGCAAGUAGUGCGUUUAUUGUGUGACUUGGGGAUGUCUGAGAGAAGGAGAAGAGGAAGUGGAAGAAGUGUGAGAGAUUGGUAGAGGGUAGAGUUCAACCUAUGCCCAUUAUUUGGAAUAUAAUCACAGUUGGAGCAUUAAUUUAUAUAGGGGUGUUCUGGAAGAGAGCGAUAAUUUUCGUACAUUGGAAGCAAUAAUAUCACCAAUGGUCUCAAUUUCCCAUGUAUGGUGGUAGAUAUGGCAAUUGCCUGCAGAGAAAACCACUUUUCGUGUUUUUAAAAGUCUUUUUAUUUUUUUUAUUCAUUUAUUUUGUAUUUGGGCAGUGAAGUGUUCCUUUAAGGAAAGUGUUUGUGAUACUAUCCUUUUGAAGUAGUCUGAAAGUAUUCAGAUGUUUACUUUUUAUUUAAUAUAUUUUUUUCUGGGAUUUUUUUUUUCUUUUUUCCACUCUCUCUCGGUUCUCUUGAAAAACUUUUUCUUUGGUUUCAUUAAGCUUCUGGAUAAAUUUAUCACCCCGUUAAGUUUGUUUCUGCUAAGCUCUUCAGUAAAACCAUUUGGAUUUAGUAGUGUAAAUAUUGCUGUAAAACACUCGGCAAAACCGAAUGCUUUAAAAGCCGAUAAUUAGAAGUUCCAAACAUUAAACAGAAGUUUGAAUUUAGUUUGCCCAAGCCAAAAAGAAUAACAUCCGACAACGGAAAAUAUUUCUAUUUAUAAGGACCAGUGCCUUUUCACAUAUGAACAAGCAGGUUUCAAUAUUUUGGAUCCCUCAUUUUUAACCAGAGAAAUGUAGAGAGAUUGUGGAUGACUUUGAACAUUCAGUUUAUAUUUUCUUGAAUUUAGAGACCAUUCCAAUUUCAGAUAGAGGUCUGUAAGUGACUACUCUCCUGCUUUCAUUCAUAACUUUGGGUGCUCCACUUUUGGAUUCAAAAUGCUGAGUCAAGGACUUACCAUAGUAUCAGGGGGUUAUCCUCAAAAUAUAGUUUAUUGGCAGUCCUCCACAUCACAUUUUUCUAGUUUUGUGACGGUCUUCUAGCACAAUGACUUCGUCAAUCAAAGAGGUUGCUUUGUUUUUAGGGGUGCUGUUUGGGAACUCGUUGUGUUGGUUUUUUUGGUUUUUUUUUUUUUUUCUGUGUCCUACGUGUUCCUCCAGUGUUUACAAUGCUGACUCAUUAAAAUACUGUAUGAUUAACCUCAUUAUGACAAAGAGUAAGGCAAUCCUACAUCAACUUAAUAUCGAGACACUUAAUGACUUCCCUUAUACCAAAGACUGUAAAUAGUCACAGUGGGAUAGAUUUCUUCAUUGAUAUGCUUUUUUGGGGGCAAAGUGUUCCUGUUUUCCUUGAUAAAUUUGUGACGAAGUCUAUAGCCUCUAUUUCUAAAUAAAUCUUUCUCAGACAAGCUUGUUGCAUUUCAACUCGCUGAGUUCUGGUGAUUGAACAGUCCAUCAUAUUUGAUCAUAUGAGCAAAUGGAAUUGCACGACCUAGAGAUAUUGUAUUUCUGCUGGGCCUUUGCAAACUUAUUUUAUGUAAAUCUGAGUACAAUUAAAAAUGAAGGUUAAAAAAAAAAAAAAAAAGAACACUAAUAAACAAUUUAACCUCUUGCUAUAGGGUAUUCUUACCAUUCUAUUGGCAAUGUGUCUUUAAAAGAAUACAUUUUUGUUUUAGGACUGUGGCCAAAAUAAACACCCACCACCUGCUAGUCUAUAGUGUUGAUACACAUCAUAGUUGAUCUGUCUUGUCACAUUUUUUUCCAUAUCUUAGCCAAACCAUUAGUGUGGAGCAGCAGGAUCCAGGAUUAGUUCUGCACCUCCAUACAAAUCUUUUUUCCCCUCUUUCCAUCUGACCCAUUAGCUCUACAAUUUCUCUGAAGCUCAGCCAGUUGGGCACUUGGAGCAUUGUGGGAAAUGUAGUUCCCACCAACUGCAGUGCCAUCACUUGUCUUUGUGGCUACAUGCUGAUGGUCGCAAGGACUGGAGCCUGAAAGUUUGAGAGCAUCACAUAUAAUCAGAGCUUAAUGUGCUACAAUAAACCCUGUUAAUGGAAAUCUGUUCCUUUGGGGAGGCCAAACAAUAUAGUAUCUUCCAACGCACAAAUGAGAGAAUGGCAAGGACAGUCCAGGACACCUGUCUGAGAAUUGUAAGCUGUGCUACUUUAGGAGACACUUCUUUUAAUAACCAGACACUCAUGACAGCUGCAUUCCCGUAAUUACAUUUUAUAAUGGGAACUUUGGCCUUCGGCUUCCUACUGUGAAAAUUUCAAUGUUUUUCAGUUGGUCGUUAAAUCUCACAGUUUGGCAAACAGCAGCAGAUGCAUAGAUAGCUACAACAUAUAUACAGUGUGUAAUAUAUUGUGUAACUAGACAUGACCAAUGGAUACAAAAUGCUGACCAUUAUUUUCUCUGAUCUUCAGGUCAUAGUUCUUUUGUAGGAAUGCAAUAACGGUUUGGUACCUAGGUUGCAUUUAAUACCCCUCUUGGUAAAAAGCACAGAUCCCUGCCCCCCUCCCCACUGUUGGGUUUGAUAAGAGUCUCUGGUAGAGUAAAUGCAUGGCUCUACAAGAAACUGUAUCUGGAUGCUGAGCAGUAUGAUAGCUAAAUAUGUAUCUGCAAGUAGAGUGGAAUCUUCUAAACCCGAAUGCCCCCUGGCAAUUUUAAAGGGUUAAAUAACCCUUUAAACAUUUACCUGAUUCCAGCGCCAAUGUCCCUCAGGCUCCUCUUAUGUCGACGUCUGAUGAUGGUGGGGGGACGCUGAAGCACGUGUGCGGCCAGCAUGCUUGAGACCUCCCCCAUUGACUUAAUGCUUUCCUAUAGGGUUUUGAAACACACUGAAUGCUGCCAGUAGAGGCAGUCUUAACACUACAGUGCAAACAUUGUCAUUUCUCUAAGGGGGACAUGGACACUGCACCCAGACCACUUAAAGGACCACUAUAGGCACCCAGACCACUUCAGCUUAAUGAAGUGGUCUGGGUGCCAGGUCCAGCUAGGAUUAACCUUUUUUUGCUGUAAACAUAGCAGUUUCAGAGAAACUGCUAUGUUUACCUAUGGGUUAAUCCAGCCUCUAGUGGCUGUCUCAUUGACAGCCGCAAGAGGCGCUUCCGCGCUUCUCACUGUGAUUUUCACAGUGAGAAGACGCCAGCGUCCAUAGGAAAGCAUUGAGAAUGCUUGCUUUCCUAUGGACUGGCUGAAUGCGCGCGCAGUUCCUGCCGCGCAUGUGCAUUCAGCUGGAGAGGAGGAGAGCUCCCCGCCUGGCGCUGGAGAAAGAGGUAAGUUUAACCUUCCUCUCCAUCCAGCCCGGCGGGAGGGGGACCCUGAGGGUGGGAGCACCCUCAGGGCUCUAUAGUGCCAGGAAAACGAGUAUUUUCCUGGAACUAUAGAGGUCCUUUAAAUGAGAUGAAGUGGUCUGGGUGCCUAUAGUGUCCCUUUAAGAGAUGGCUUCUUGUGGUAGUUGACAAAAAAAAUUUAUUUGCUGAAUCAUCACUCGUAUCUCAAUGAGAAAGAUCAAUAAACAGCAACCUGCAUAAAGAUUAUAGAAACUGUAAUGGCUUCUUUGGCAUAAAGUACUUUAAAAGAGAAAAAACACUGACAAAAUUGACAGGUUCUCAAGAUAUUACCAAUCAGGGAGUCCGUUUUUGGAGUGCGACAGGUAAUCGGUUACGAGCCGUUUCCAGUUUUGUUUGUGGUCUAUUUGGGUGUCUAGAUUGGAAUCUGCUUACUGGACAGAUGAUUCAUGUUUUUUUUCCAGCUGAUUGUGUGUCAUCCAGAUUGCUACACACAUCAGCCACCUCACCCAUGAACCUCCUGCAUUUAUUUCUUUAUUAAUUUUAUAUUUGAAUUUUUAAAGGUAGGUAGAAUCUGCAUCUCACCCAGUUUCAGUCUUGGACCUGAGCUGUGAUUUAAUUUCACCUAGGAUAGCUUUCAACAUGCAGAAUAGAGUGAGCAUCUAUCAUUCUGUCAGGGAACAGGAAAAUGUUCUACAUGAGGAACUCUGUUGUAGAUUGUUGUGCCCAAUGACAAGAAGGUGUCAUGGACAGAGCCACAACGUCUGGGGAAAAAUGUUUUUUCAGUGCUGUAUAUGAAAGAAAGAUCUGUAAUUAGACUGUCUUUAUGGUCUAUGCGCAGACCAUCCCUCAGGCUCAGGUGUUUCCAGUAUCUCUGUAUUCAGCCUGCACAAGCCUUAUUUGAGUUAUUUGUGUUGAAUCUUACUGUUAACAAAUGCCUUUCCUGUCCUGGACUAAAAACAAUGUUUUUUUUUUCCGUUUUUUUUUAGUAGUUCCUGGAGAAUAAAGUGUAUAACUUAUCUCCUUGAAAGAUCGAUAGAAUUUAAUUUUGACAGAUAUUCCAUACUUGACAUUCAAAACGUUUGCAUGUUUGCUGCCUUCCUAAAUCGUGAACCGGUUAACUUAAAACCUCUCUACUUCAAAGGAUAUUAAGUACUAGGCAAAUCAUUCUUUUAGCAACUUCCUACCCCAUAGCUUCCCUUCAGUUGGCUCUAAGAAAACCUCUAGCUGCUUUUAAACUAAUGCUCUUAAUAAUGAUCGGUUUAAGCCUGUUAAUUGUUAGUCGUAUCUAAUACCAAAGCCUCAUGGUGAGAUUGUAAGAUUUUUUUUUUUUUGUUUUGUAUGUUGGUAAUUAAAUAAAUCCUAACUUAUAUAAAUGUAAGUGCAUUGACUGGCAGUAAUGGGAGAGGUAUGUAGACUGUAUGGUGAGUUUUAUUUAUACAGAAAUGCUAUUAGAGAAUGUAUUCUUCAUGCCUGUAUGCGUGACGUUUGCAUUUGUAAACUGCAGCCGUCUUGUUAUCCAACACAACACUUAAAGGGACACUCCAGGCACCCAGACCACUUCUGACCAUUGGAGUGGUCUGGGUGCCAACUCCCACUAACCUUAACCCUGCAAGUGUAAUUAUGGUAAGAUGCCAUCGUGUAGCAGAUUUUAGUUCCAUGAAUUUGGCGGCACACACCGCUGACCGCGUUUGACUAAAUAAAGAUGUCCGCCGCCACGUGUUCGUCUGUACGAACGGCGGCCACCCAGCGGUCGGUAAUUAACCUGUGGUUAACCACCAGCCUGGGAGUUAAAUAGGCUGCACACUUCCACUUGUGAGUGGUCCGCCUGUUCAGUAAUUGAUUCAGUAAGCCCCAUUUACUGAACCAUGUGGGAAAAAGACACAAACACAGUAUUAACACAGUCUGGGGACACAGUAUUAAAGGGACAUUGUUCCAAAAAGUCUCAAUAUGCCCAUAUAACAGUUUUAAAGGGCCAUACACCACAGGGCCAUAAUCCUGAGGCAAAAGGUGAGCAACCAGGCCCCUCAAGAACCCAGUGGCGAGGUUAUUUUCGCGUAUAUAUAUAUAUAUAUAUAUAUAUAUAUAUAUAUAUAUAAUAUAUAUUACACACACAUAUAUAUACAAGUAUAGUGGCACUCACCCUUUCAAUGAAUCAGUAAAAGACUGCCUUGGUGCAAUCCCACGCUGGAUAUGUAAAGCAAAAAGGAAAGAGAUGCACUCUCAGGUCUUUGUAAAAAAACUCGAUAUUAUUUAAUAACAGGUAACAUACAUCUGAUCGACGUUUCGACCUCUUCAGGUCUUCCUUGAGGAAGACCUGAAGACCUGAAGAGGUCGAAACGUCGAUCAGAUGUAUGUUACCUGUUAUUAAAUAAUAUCGAGUUUUUUUUUACAAAGACCUGAGAGUGCAUCUCUUUCCUUUUUGCUUUAUAUAUAUAUAUAUAUAUAUAUAUAUAUAUAUAUAUAUAUAUAUAUAUAUAUAUAUAUCGCAAAAAGGAAAGAGAUGCACUCUCAGGUCUUUGUAAAAAAAACUCGAUAUAUGUGUGUGUGUAUAUAUAUAUAUAUAUAUAUAUACACACACGCGUGAUCAAAACUAUUCAACCAUUGAAAUCGUGUUUAUUGUCAAAAUGUACAGAUUUUCAGCUGUUUGCAAUGAGCAAAUCAAACAAAAGCAAUUGAAAUAGUUAAACACAGUAAAUGUGUCAAGUGGUUUCCCCACAUUCAACUGAAUGUGAAACUUAUGACUUCUCCACUCUCUAAAUUUUAGAGGCAAUGUUGGAAGCAUAGUUCACAAAUUCAAAAUUGAAGGAACGGGGGUUACACUACCUGGACGGGUUAGAGAAAGGAAGCUAUCAAUGGUUGCAAUCAGAUUUCUGAGAAGGAAGGUUGUGGAAACUCCUUGAGUGACACCUGCAACAAGACAUGGUGGCAACAGGCACUAAGGUUUUAGUGAGCACAAUAAGGCGCUUACUAAACACAGAAAUUCUCCAUGCCAGAACUCAGACGUACACCACUACUGACACAAAAGCACAAGAAAAGUCGUAUCCAAUAUGCUCAAAAUGAUAUAAAUAAGCCACAGAAACUUCGGGAUUCUGUUCUGUGAAGCGAUUAAACAAAACCGGAACUUUUCGGUCCAAUGGAUUAGCGGUAUGUCUGGAGGAAGAAGAAUGAAGCAUAUGCAUUGGAAACUUGCAGAGUGUGGAAGGUAAGAUCGAUUCAUUGAAGUAUCAGGUGAUCCCAGGAGAAAAUGUCAUGCCGUCUGUGAGGAAGCUGAAGCUUGGGUGUCAUUGGACCUUAUAACUAGACAAUGAUCCCAAGCAUACCUCAAAUUCCUUGGUUGCAUGAGAAGUCCUGGAAAAUUCUACAGUGGCCACCACAAUCACCUGACUUGAACCCCAUAGAAAAGUCUCUGGUGGGAUUUAAAGAAGGCUGUUGCAGCAUGCAAACCCAAGAAUAUUACUGAAUCAAAGUCUAUUCCUCAGGAACGCUGCCAGAAACUGGUGUCUGGCUAUGCAUCUUGUUUGAAGCAGGUUAUAACCACAAAAAAGGUGCUGUACUAAAUAGUAAAGAUGCUUGCCAUGAAGGGGUUAAUUAAUUUUAAUUUUAAGACUGGAUAAGUUGCAUUUUAAAGUUGAAUUUGGGUAAACCACUUGAAGCGUUGUUUGUGUUGAGCUUUUGUUUGAUUUGUUAAUUGCAUACAGCUGAAAGUCUGUAAACGUCGACAAUAAACCUGAUUGUCAGUGUGGUUUUAAUCAUUUUGAUUGUGUGUGUGUGUGUGUAUAUAUUUAUUGUAAUAAAACCUACAGCAAUGUCUCUUUUAAACUGCAAUAAAUGUAUUGAGAACUUCUGUGUAUUUCAGAUACAUCGUUCUUCUAAAUUGUAUUUAAAUGCAAAAAUAGUUAUUGGUAAGUCAUCAAACUUUUUUCCAAACAGCCCCACCCCUUGCCACACAGCAACGCGUAACCCUAAAAUGUAAAUGCCCCUCUUCGUCCAUUUGAAAUGUUGGGUGGUAUAAGAUACCUUACAUAAGUUCUAUGUGUUUCUUUGAAUGGGUUUAGAAGAGUUAAUUGUUUAAAGUGUUGUGUUAGGACAGUGAUGGCUGGUAAAACACCAUGCUCCAUAAUAUUUGCAUUGGUAAGAUUAACCAUCCUCUGUUAAAGGCACUGUUGAUUAAUAAUCCUUUCUGAUUUUGUAUUUUUUUUUCAGAAUUCUAUACGACAUAACCUAUCCCUGAAUAAGUGCUUUCUUAAAGUGCCUAGAUCCAAGGAUGACCCUGGAAAGGUAACUUUGUCACGUCUAUACAGUACAUUGUAUGCUACAUUACACCUGUAAAUCUAUUACAUAUUGGGCAGUGGCAUUUUUAAGGGCACCAUGAAAUGAGAAGCGAGUGUGGUCUUAAUGCUAGCUCUAUCCAAUUCUUCCCCUGGCCGACCAGGUCUGCCGGUCCCCGCGGCCGACCAGGUCUGCCGGUCCCCGCGGCCGACCAGGUCUGCCGGUCCCCGCGGCCGACCAGGUCUGCCGGUCCCCGCGGCCGACCAGGUCUGCCGGUCCCCGCGGCCGACCUGAUCAAAUGCAGUUUAUUCACUGAACUAAGAAUUGUGAAAUAAUGACAAGGAAAACUGCAUGUUGUAAACUAAAAUGGCUGAAUCUGAGCUAUUUCUCUCUAAUUGUGCAGUCUUAAAAUGUUCUUUGUCGGUUAUCUACAAUUCCUAGUUUAGUAAAUACAGUCUUCACUGAUAAUUUUACGGAUGUGUGAAAGAUUAAGCAAGGUCUUUUGGAGUGUCUAGGAUAUAAAUAGAUAGAGAGCAGAAAUUAGGGAAGUAAAUAUGAAUCCACGUGAAUCCAGAUAACCCAGUGGCAACGUUUUGGCCACACAGAUGGGACUUUGUCAGGGCAUCCGCGAUAUAAAUAUAAAAUCUUGUGCUGCAGAAGAUGAGGUUUUUGCUGAAAACAAAUUUCUUGCACACAGUUAAACCGCACUCACGUACAUAUGAAUGUUUGCAUGUCUGUGUGCAAUUAUGUAAAUUGCUUGAGCACUUAAAAAAAAAAAAAAAAAAUAUAUAAUAAUGCUGAUUGUUUGAAGGUCACUAAUCCUUUAAGAAAUAAGUAGCUGCAGUUGCAAUUUUUUUUUCUUAAUUUAAACUAUAAAUGUACAAUUAAAGGGUUUCUGUGCGGUUUUUUGUAACCCUUGCGUUUGUGAUUUAUGAGAUUUUGAGUGUUCCUUUUUGGUACUAAAUUUAAUUUUAUUGCAAAUGAAGUAAUAAUUGUGGUCUACAGAGCACUCACUUAAUUGAUGAAAGAUUGAUGGUAGGGAUACAUAACUUGGAUGCAUGAAGCCUAUUUUUGGAAUCUUGCGGCCUGUCUACGAAGCUGCUAAUGCAGGCAAGCCUGCCAAUUACUAUCAGCAGGCCCACUCCUUCAUCACGGUUUUCUUAUUUUUCUUUUUUCCUCCUCCCCCUCCCCCUUUUCUUUUCUUCAUUAUUACUUUCCACAUCUAGCAGUGACCUUCUAAUCUCUGAUUGCUAAAAGUUAUUUUUGUUUUUAUUUUGGGGGGGUUUGUGUUUGUUUUAGUUCCACCUACCCCCUCUCAUGUUUUGAUCUUUUCAACUCAAUUACUGAUGAAACAUUAAAAACCUGAUGGUUAUAGAAACAAAUUUGUUAUGAUUGAGCCAAGAGUAAUUUUUGAAUCCAACACAUAAACUUAGCUAUGACUUUUCUAUAUAAAUAUAACAUUUUUCAAUAGUACAACUGCUAUGCUGAAAAAGCAAUGACUGGACAUUUAAUGCACAUUAUACCCUACAUCAGGGCUGCCCAACAGGUAGAUCCCCAGAUGUUGUAGAACUAGAACUCCAUUGAUGCUUUGCAUGCCUUUUAGAAUGCAUUUUGAAUGACAAGCAUACAUCAUCUUUUGUUGAAAUGAUAUCAAGGAGUGACAUUUCCCAACUGUCUACUAGUUGAGUUUAUGUACUGAAAAACACUGUAAUCAAAGUUGGGAAACACACAGGUACAACUGAUUUCCACCCAGUUAUGCAAUUUCUUUAUCGUAGAUGAUAUUACUUAAAAUAGAAUACGUUUUAAUUUGCAUAGACUAUCUGUUGUUGAGUCAUGGUGUAAAGUUUAUUAAAGUGCACCUGUCUCACAAACAUUGUUUUGUUGUCACUUUAAAGAGAGUACAAUUUCAUCUGUAAACUAUGUUAGCAAAUGUAUUAAAGGAAAGGUAAUAAAUACAUUUUACAUUAAAGGAGCACUAUAGGGUCAGGAGCACAAACAUGUAUUCCUGACCCGAUAUUGUUAAAAACACUAUGCAUCUCUACAAGAAAAGUUUAGUGUCUGCAUGCAGAGGGUGGAGACACUGAGUGGCAGUGCUGCUUACUGUGCAUCACUGCCCCAGGAACCGCCUCUAGCAGCCAUCUGAAGAGUGGCCAGAGGAGGUAUCCAUAGGCUGUAAUGUAAAAACUGAAUUUUCUCUGUAAAAAAAAACGUGUUUACUGCAAAAACCCAAAGGGACUGACUCCACUCACCAGAAGCACUACAUUAAGCUGCUGUUGUUCUGGUGACUAUAAUGUCCCUUUAAUUUGACAUUUUGGAUCUUGAGUGCAUUGCCGUCCGCAUGCCAAGUCACAGCAGUAAAGUGUACGGCCAUCUUGUCUCCAAGUGGUGUGAUGGCAUCACACAACUUGCACACUAGUGAUUGUGGGAUGUUAUUUGCAUCAACUGGAAGCAGGGGGAUUUUAUACACAGCUUCCCCAUUUAUAUCAGAAAUCUGUGUUGAGUAAGGAGAAAGAGGAAGUUUGCUGGCAAUAUCAUAUGCAAAUGUAUAGCUUAAAAUACAUACAUAACCACAGUGUACACAUUGAUUACACACCUACCUGAAUGUGAAAUUAACAUCCACAUAAUUGAGACACUAUAGUCACCAACACAACUCCAGCUUAUUGAAGCAAUUUGGUGUACAAUCACGUUUAAUGCUUUAAUAAUAGUAAUGUGCUUGAAUCAAAAUUCUUUUCCUUAUUUUAACAAACAUGAAAAGUGUAAUGUGUGCAGUUUUAUAAAACUUCUCACAAAUGGUUUGACCCACAAACUGGGACAGUGUACAAAGAAUCAUUUCACCACAAUAAGUUUGCGUUUAUAGUGCUUGGAGUACCCCUUUAAGUACAGUGGAACCUGGGAACUUGAACGGUCCCGUUCUCGAACAAUUCGGAAGUCGACAAAAUUAGAUUAAAUUAAAAUUUAUUAGAAAAAAAAUCGUCUCGGUACGCAAACUUUUUUGGUACCCGAACAAAUCAUGCCACAGACAUGUUCAAUUAGACACACUUUAGACAAAUUUUAAAUGCCCGAAGAACAGUUACGUAUCCCCAUUCAAACAAUAAUACUCUUCUCCUUUCCACUUACGCCAUCAACUCACAUCAUUACAGGUAAAGUGAAGUUAUAUUUUCAUUUAAUUUACUGUACAUUUUGUUUAUUAUUAUUUUCCUAUAUUUUUUUAUUCAUGUAAGGCAUUAUUAUACUAUACAAUUUGUGUUAAAAGGCUGUUGUUAUUUUUGGGGUCUGGAAUAGAUUAAUCAAAUUUACAUUAAUUCUUACGCGGAAUGUUGAUUCGGUUCUCGAACAAAUCGGAACUCAAACAGCCUUCUGGAACGGUUUAAGUUCGAGUUCCGAGGAAUACAUUUCAAUGAAAAUGAAUCGCGUGUUUUUUAAUUAAGAAUUUUACUGAAGAAUCUCACCUGUUCCAAAACCAAUAUUUACGACCUAAAAAGGUUUGUGCUUUGUAGAUGGAAGAGUUUGUGUAUGUUCAUUUCUCUUGUUUGGUUUGCUUAAGUGAUGGGAAUAAGCUGAGCUGGGUAUCAGUUUAUUUUCUAAAAGUAUGUAUUGAAGGCAUGACUUAAAAUCACUUGUGUAUUUUGUUGUGAGUCUCUGUAAUAAAGAUUGUUUAGAAUUAAUUAGAUUUAGAAAUCUCUUCUUGCUGAAAAUGCUUUUAUUAGAAAUAAAAACUACCCAAAAGAAAAGGUUAACGUGUAACGAUACUCUGUCAUUUUACUUUUAGGGUUCUUAUUGGGCAAUAGACACAAAUCCAAAGGAGGAUGCAAUACCAGCACGGCCAAAGAAACGGACGCGGUCUGGAGAGCGGGUGAGUUUGCUUUUACCCAAUUCUUAUCGAACAAAAUAAAGAACGUUGUUGCUUUUUUAAUUAACAAACUAAGGGGAACAUGGGCUCGACAAUGCCUAGCUUCCAACACUAACUAUAGCUCUAUUCUCAGCUCUGAAUAAAUGGGACAACUGGAAUGGACACGUGGGUCCCAUAACUUAUUCAUUGACAUUUAAUCGUAAAAAAAAAAGCCCACUCUGCAAUUUAAAACUGUAAAAUAAAUUCUCGUUCACAUUUUUAAUAAUGUGAAAAUAUCUAGUAGUAUAAAUGCAAUUUCCUCAUUGUCAAUGUCCUUAUAAGGAUAUUGCUUCUAGUAAGCUGUUUUUUGUUUUGUUUGUUUCAUUAUCAUAGUUAAUUAUGAUCACUCCUGUUUUACCUCUGACUUUGCCAUUACUUGGUUCGUAGUUCUGAACUCAGACAUAUUUCCAUGUGCAAUUGCCAGGAAGAAUGUAAACAUUGUUUUCAUUGAAUAGUGGCUUACUAUUGAACCACAUGGAAUGCUGGAGGGUGUGUAGACUAGUACACAUUUAUUAAACAGUAACUCACUGUCAUAAUGUCUGAAGAAAUGCAGUUUCCACCAAUGAUGACUUUAUAGAUUAGAAUGUCCUAGAUAAAGCAGAGUUGAUGCAACACUGUGUUCAUUAAGCAAGCAUACAGCAGCUCACACACCUAUAUCUAACAUGCAGCGAUCCCUAUAAAUAUACAUAAUUAGCCACACAGAGGUAGAUUAACAGAUGUUUUAAAACUACAACUUCCAUGAUGCCUUCUCAUUCUAAAGGCAUGCAAAGACACACAAAACAUGUGGGACUCUACCUUUUUGGCACCCCUGAUGAUAAUAGCAUAUUAUUUUUCCGUCGCUUUGCUCCAAACUCUCUGCCAUCCAUAAUCUAUAAACAAGGUAGUUCAAAAAUAGUGCAUCUUUAUUUGUUGAAAAAAUGAUAACAUGCCAUAAUAAAUAGCAGGCAGACCUCACGAACAACAGGGCAUCAAAAAAAAUAAUGUAAUAAGAACAUAGUGUCCAAACUACACAAUAAACACCAAUGCAAAAAGAAAUAAAAAAAAAAAUAGAAAUGCUUUCCUAUGGACGGACUGACUCCGCGCGCGGCUCUUGCCGCGCAUGCGCAUUCAGCCGAUGACGUCCAAAGGAGGAGGAGAGUCCCCAGCGCCGAGGGAGCCCGGCGCUGGAGAAAGGUAAGUGUUUAACCCCUUCCUCCCACUUCAGCCUGGUGGGAGGGGGGCCAUGAGGGUGGGGGCACCCUCAGGGCACUACAGUGCCAGGAAAACUAGUUUGUUUUCCUGGCACUAUAGUGGUCCUUUAAUGUAUUUUUCUCCUAUAGCUUUUAGUAUUCAUUACAGAUACAGCCAAGCUCCAUUUUCUUUUUCUAUGGUCAUUUAUGGCAAAGAUUUCCAUAUUUCAUGUUUUGCCGGGGACAUUCUCCUGUUCUCCGACUUGGUUUAGUGAUAUAUAAAGUUAUAAGGUCACAGUUUAGAACAUCAAAAACUUGGGCAUUGUAGCAAAUCAUGGAUAGCUAAUACUAAAUACUAUAUUCCCCCCCCCACCCACCCCCCCUCCGCUCUAGAUGCUAUGUAUAUAGGUAUCAAUUCCCUUUUUUGAGUUUUACUGGAAGGAGACCUUUGGAAAUCUUUACAUUUUUUUGCAGAAGCUCCUGACUGUAACAUGCCUACUUGGUAUUCGUUAUCCCCGUUAACACCAUCUUUUUCCGCCAGGAGUCUUGUCACUGUCAUGCCCAGCUCCGAAACACUUUAGGUUUUUGGUUGGUGUGUGUUACCUUUCCCUGUUACUUUUUGCUUUGUGCCGAUUCAAACCUGCAGUGGACCUUAAGUGUUUGCAGUGGCGUUACUUUUCUUUUUGGUUUUUUAUAGGACAUAUUUAUCUCUGUUUUUAAUUAUAUUAUUUUUAUAUAUUUCAGGCCUCAACACCAUACGCGGAUUCCGAUUCAUUGGGAAUGGAUUGUAUUCUCUCUGGAAGUGCCUCUCCAAAUCUGGCUAUCAACACUGUGACUAACAAAGUACGUUUACUUUCUUUCCUUUUUUUUCUUUUAAUAAUUAAAAUGCUUCAAGUUUUUCGGUUUAUAUAUGUUGGAUGGUGGAACUUCAUGGGAGUUCUAGCUGUAUAGGUCAGUGGAAUUGCUUUCAUUUAAUGCACAUAGUGUUUCUUUUAUGUUACUAGAUUAUUUUACUUAGUUUUCUUAGGGCUAGAAGUUGUAUUGUUUUAAGGGUAAAAUUGUUUGACAAUGCUUUAACCGAGGAUUCCUCAAAACUCUGGCCCUCUGGAUGUCUCUGAACUACAACUCCCAUGAUUCUUUGAAUUAAAUAGUAGCCAAAGAAUCAUGGGAGUUGUAGGUCAGCAACAUCAGGAGACCCAGAGUAAAUGCUGUAAAUGCUCUUUGUAUCUGAGCUUCACCUGGCCCUGUCUGUAACACUUUAAAUGGUGGGCCUAUCUGUUGUAGAGAACAUGGUUUGUUCUAUAAUAAAUAUAUAUAUAUAAAACAACAUAUGGACUGCACUCACGGUCUCUCAUAGUGAAGUUUUCUUUAUUCUAUAAGAAAAAACAGCAGAUCGACGUUUCGGUCCUCUCUGGGACCUUUUUCAAGUGAAGUCUUUCAUCUGCUUCAUGAGGUCUAUUGACAGUUGUGUAAUAUUACUUUUCAAAUUUUGUACUGCAUGCAUCGAUCGGGCUUUUUAGAGAAACAGACCCCUGGAGAAAUUAACCUGAAUAACGGCUUUUUAGGCUGAUGAUAUUUUCUAAUUUUCUACAUUUUUACUCUUGUUUUCUAGGUAACCUUAAUUACCCCAGAUCAGGAUGGCAAUGACAGCCCUCGAAGUAGCCUUAACAACAGUCUUUCUGAUCAGAGUGUGUCGUCUUUAAACUGUAAAAGUGUUGGCAGUGUACAUAGCUAUACGCCGGUAAGCAUUCUGUAUCUGGGCACACAACAAGCUCUUUCAUUUUUCAUCCAGUUCUUUGUUUUGUGCUAUUUCUUUCUAAGAAUAAGAGUGCUGGCAUAAUCUUGGUGUUUGUACAAGUUGUAAUUUAUUUGUACUGGGUAGGCAUUGUGCGUUUUACAAGAGUCCUCAAUGCCAGGCUUUUUAACCCCUGAACAUCUCGGAUUGUUCGGUUGUGUUUUUGUGUUUUGUCUUGGUUUAAUUUGUAAUUCGUAAGAUUCCAUAGUUAGGGGAAUGUAUUGUCUAUCGUUUAGUUUUGACAAGUAUUGGACUAAUGGCCAAACUACUUAAUACAUUCUUUAAAAUAACUGUUGGGUGGAAAACCCAAAGCUUUCUACCUGUUUUGAAUAAGGAGGUCCUGCCCUCUGAUCUACAUGUAUUUAUUAUCUGUCCCCAGUAGAUAUUUUAUAAGAUUUAUAUGCCUAUAGUCCCCUCUAAAUUUAGAGGUUAUAACCUCAUUUUGAAAAGAGUGAUGGCUCUUAUUUUUAGUCUAAUAUUUCACAUCCCUGUCACAUGUAGGUCAUUAACAUGAAAAUGGCAAUCGCCAUUACCUAAUGACACACACUCCUUAUAUGAAAAAGGGGAUCCUUCUGGAUCAUAUCCUUUGUUUAUGGACAUAUAAACAAAUUCCUUUUCAAAUGAGGGGUCUCAUGCACCUCAAAGUAGUUAGUGGUUGCUAUAGCAAUUGAAAUCACAUGUCUACUAGGUGACUUUUGGGGUACCUUGUGCCCUAAAAGUAACUUUAGAAAAUGUCAGAGCUGACAAGGGGCAAUUUUUCCUAAGCCACUAGGUCGCAGGGAUUGUGGACUACAGCCACGAUUAAAAUAGUGGGGUGUGUGUUAUGGUAUCUUUUGGCGUGGUAGCUGGUUGGAUUUGUACAGGGCCUUUGCUAUUUAGCUACAUGGUUUAAUCUAUGUACAAUUAUACCUCCCAUUUUUAUUUAUUUUAAUUUUAGAUUGUGUUCCUGACUUGUAGGCUGAUACCCACAUACAGAACAGUAUAGUAUGUUUAUUAAAGGGAGUUGUUACAUAUAAAAACAAUUAACAGUACUGUUGUGGUAAUGGAACUUUUUAAUAGCUAAAAUGUAUAUUAGUUGUACUAAUUCUCAUUUCAAUCCACUCUCUGGAUUUUUUUCAUACUUUUUUCAUAAAAAGAAGUCUAGCUCUGCCUUAAUGUAUGUGAAUAUAUAUUGGUUGUUAUGUUAAGUCUCCUUGUGUGCAGUACGAUACUACAUCUUUUAUUAUAAGUUUGAAUACUUAUAAUAAAUGCAUUACGAGGUGGAAAGAGACACAGUCCAGUUUCUAAAGGAGCAUGAUUUUACAGUGUGUUAGGGAUGAACAUUCAGGGGCUGAUAUGAAGCUGUAGUUCCUGCUCACAUCGAAAAAAUCUGUUUGACAAUUGUCCUGCUACCAGCUUUUUAAACACAGAGAUUCCAGAUGAAAUCCCCAAAAUUGGUGAUGAUGAUAGACUCAGAGCUGAAAUUUAAUGUCCCCUUCUUUAUGGGGUUCAGGAUCCUUAGAACGCGCAAGGCAGACAUUUUCACUGUCUGGAGUAAAACUGAAGUGCCACACAUUGCUUAUGUUGGUGCCACUUUUUAGCAUCCAGCACUAGUGAAGAAUAAUAAUGAUGUAUGUGUUGGUUGAAUUAAUUGGUGGGUAAUGCGAGUUAAAGUAGAAAUGUAUAUUUUAACUGUAAUGCCUACAUUAUAGAGUUGUGCUCUUCUGCUAACUACCAUGUAAACUGUUCCUUAAUCUUCUUUUCAUUAGGUAACAAGCCAUCAGGAGCCAUCUGCUCACACAUUAACCCAGCAGUCACCAUAUAACACACAGGAGCAGGAAAAGCAUUUCCCUGAAUAUAAUUUUGACGAUCUCAGUGACUCCUUUAGGAGUUUAUACAAGACUGUUUUUGAGCACUCUCUAAGCCAAGGUGGGUCUCUGUUGCUGUUUUGUGUUUUAAAUGUAAUUUUUAAUGAAAAUGUUGUUUCUGCAUACAAUCAGACUUACACUCUGUAGAAUAAAAGUAUUUGAGAACCUAUACUAAUAGUGCUUGAUGCUUUAUCCAGCCACGUGAUGAAUGAUGCAUGGUGUGUUCUGUAGUCCACAACAAUUGGCAUCGGUUCACUAUUACUGUACUUUCGGUCACUUGCUUAGUCAAAACCUCAUUGGGUGGAACAACAAUCCAUUUUUUUUUUUAAUUGGGUGGGGGAAGGUCUGUUUAUAAACUAGGGAUAUAUGGUAUGUGCUAGUUCUUUAAUAUUUAAGUUUAUUUAGGUAAACAUAUUCUUGAUGUACAUAAGUCACAAACAGAUUACAGUGAUUUUCCACCUAUUAAAAAGGAUACAUGUAAAUAAAAUAAAAAUUAUACAAACCUCUGAUUAAAACCCUAUUGCAGUUUGUAGCUAGUGGUGGCAUAAGAUGAUAAUGGUCCCCAGUGAAGCAAGUUCUGUCUCCCUCUUAUUUAUCAUCACAAAUUCCCCCAGAUUAUUUCGCUAUACCCUGCUUUUAUUUUUAUAGAAAACUGUUUCCGGCAAUCCUUGUCCAGUUCAAUCAAGUUUUCUGUAAAAUACAUCACUGCACUAAGCAGUUUGCACGCUGCAGGGCUUGCCCAUUUGCAUUUGUAUGUAUUUUAGAGCACAUCAGCUAUUUUCCAGGAAGCAGUGUGACCUACAUAACUUUUUACCUGUGUUCAGAUGUAAUAGCACAAAAAAAACUGUGCCAUCGGAGUACGCUAUAUUAAUGAGACAUGUUUACGUCUUCUGUGACCAGAUGUCUCUUUACUGAGAUCAGUCCCCAGGGAAUGUCUUAUUAACCUAAAUCAGGACUAUAUAUACCCAGAUCUCUAUGGCUUCUGACUUUAAUUGUGGACAAAUGCUACUACUUUAUUCCUGGUAUUGCUACUAAUUAUCCUUGCAAUAGUAGGAAUGAGCAAGCAACAGUCACAGUGCAAAUGGCCUGGUGCCAGUUUAAACCCCUUCAUAUUGCUCUUUGAAGUUUCAUCCUGCCAACAAAUCGCAUUGACUGGAGCACAUGAUGUAUCCAGUUAUCGGUUUAUGGCCACUAUUGUCCUUCAGUGUCCUAUCAGAGAAUGGAAGGGAACAUCCCUUCUACUUUUUCAACAUAUUUACAUUGCAGCCAAAUACAUGAACAUGUUCCAUUAUUUAUCGGUUUCAUUUUCAUACUUGUUUAUCAAAUGAUGCCAUCUGUGACCAAAUGUGUCUCUACUCAUACCAGACCCCAGGGUAUGUCCUAUUUACUGCCACCCAUUGUUUGCAUAAGAAAUGUCCCACACCGCAUAUUUUCCUUUUGGACUCCUAAAAUCCUUGACAGAUCUCAGAAUUUGCGUGCUUUUUCUUUAUUUAUUUAAACCCAGACUUUGUAAAACAUCUGUGCAAGCUGUUCUUUUAUAAAUAUAUUCCUAGAUUGAAAUAUAAGCUCCCCAAAUCCCCCAUUCUUUGUGCCAGUAUGAUCAGAAAGUGCGCAGGCCCAGCAGACUGCUGCCAGGUCACGAUCAACCUUUGUGAGAUUUUAUGCGGUUUCCAAAAAGAAAGUGUUAUGGUGAUUUGCUGCUGUUUUACGGAUAAACACAUUGUCUAAACUUUCUUCCAUUCUAGCUUUAGAUCCAUGUUUAACUCCAGCCCGCAUUUGAUGUGAAAGACUUUUUCUAUGAAAAUGCAUUUUCACACAAUGUGCUGUUCAAGAUCCCUUACAGUCCUUUGAACUAGAAUGUGUUCUGAAGUGCACCUUGUUUAAUUCAUUUGCCAAACUCUAUCUUUGUCAUUGUGGAGGUGAGAGCAUGAGGGUGGACUGGGGGGAAAAAACUGGAGGUUUUAGCUUUUUCUUGCCUUCCAAUGUCAUGUAAAUUCUUAGUCUGUCUAAUAGUUCACAAGCUAUAAAUAUGGACCUUUUCAAUUGAAAAAUUGCGAUUUUCCAUAUCCUGGUCAUGACAUCUUCUACACCCAAUAAGAUGGGUUAACCAAAAAAAAGUAGUUAAAGGUAACUGAGUAAACCAGCAGUUAGGUUGAACAUAUCCAUAAUACCUGCAAACAUGUACCGUAUGUGAGCAACGGGUGGCAUACACUAGGAGUUGCAACUUAACCACAUAAGGACACAUGACGGAGAUAUUCCAUCAUGCUGCCCUUUUACUACUGAUCUGUGUUCUGAAGGGGUUAAUGUAUAUUUUAACUGUGUAUGUUUCUGCCCUCUAUGCUUUGUCUUGGCAAAGUACUCUCUGGAUUAUAUGAAUAUGCUUUCUUUUACAGGUCUGAUGAACAUGCCUUCGGAGUCACCCCAGCAGACACAUUCUCCUUGCUCCUAUCAGCACUCUCCUAGCAGCACAAUGAGUUCUCAGCAGCACAGUAGCCAAAAUAACCUGACAAACAGCCAUGCAAGUAACCUUGGCAACACCGUAGGCGACACCAUGGUUCACUUGACCCAUCCCCUCCACACACAGCAGUCUCAGCAGUCCCCGCACAUACACCACAACGUAGUACAUCAUCCGCACACGCAGCAGUGUACCCAGCAUACAUCACACUGUCACCAGCAUAGUCCUCAUCAAGCACCCCAUCCGGCACAGCAUCAGCAUCUGCAGCACCACCCCAACCAUCAGCAUCAGACCUUAGCGCAUCAGACAUCUCUAACACAGCAGCAAAUUCCCUGCGGGAAUGGUAAGAGCCUAUAUAUUCUUCCAAAACCCUUCAUUGAACAGGUAGCGGAGGAGUUAUGAUGAUUCUAAUUCCACAAUACUAGCAUUUUAAAAGAGGAUUUGUCUUUUUAUUGGGUAGGGUGCGACUUAUGGAUCCAGUUAAUAAAUAUAACUAUUGUGUAAGUUGAAUUUAAUCAUGGGAAACAGGAGAGGAGAAAAAGUUAUUACACACACACACACACACACACACACACUUUCUCUAUUUAUAUAGUGUUGUGCAUCACCUACAUAUCUCAAGUUAAACUUUGAGAAGUCCCCCUUGGGCACAGAAACUCAGAUGAUCUGAUUUCCACAGCUACCCCAUAGUUCCCAGCAAAUGAGCACAGACAAGCAUUGUGGUUCAGACUGCAUUUAUACAGGUACCCUUCAGCAGUGGACACUGAAUUAAACACAAGAUCCAAAAGGAUCAGUUACCAGAAGCCAACCAUGUAUUCUUUUGACCUUGAGCAAGACAAACAGAGAAGGGGUAGGGAUCUGUUUGAGGUGUAAAUAUUUUAUAUUCACAGAGUUCAGCUUUUGGAAAUGGAGAAAUGUACAUCUUUUUGUGCUUGGUCCUAAACAUUAGCAACACUAAGCAAUUAUUUUAAAAAACAAAAGAAAGGAAAUCCUUUUAGCUAUCCCGUUAUGCCACCAGUUUGCCAGUAUCACCACAACUCCCAGGAGGGCACGUGAGUUGCUUCAGUGGGUGAAAGGGUUCAAAAUCGCUAUUUGCCUGCACUAGGUGCAAACUAAUGACUAAAUUACCUCUUAGCACCACUUACAUCUGUAGUAUAAAAAAAAAAACUGCCACCACCAAGGCAACUUCAAAAACUUAGGUUACCAAAAAAAAAUAAAAAAUUUAAGUUAAAAACCCCACAAAACAGUCUAGUAGAAUGUCUAUGAAAUCAAAAUUCUAUUGAAUAGGUCUCCUUGGGAAACGUAGUUAUAUACCAUACCAUGGCAGAACUAGAAGAUUUAUUAUGACAAGAAAAUUGGUACAGUGCAUAAAUAUAAAAAAAAAAGACGUUUUAUUACACCAACAAACAGAUAAAAUAAAUAAAAAGGCGAAAAUUAACAAAACAUCCUAGUUACUUUCUAACGUAUAUAUUCUGUCCCUGGGAGCUUUGGCAGGAAAGUGGCAACUUACUACAAAAUUAAAUUUUACUAUUUGCAUUAUGCAGAGUUUUGAUGUUUGGGCUCCCCACAAAAAAAAUACCAAAACCAGCACCAUGCUGACGAGACCCAGAAGGUCGAAACUGUACAUAUGGUCACUGAUCCUUUUGGAUCAUCACCCAUACUUUGGUCUAAAAAAAAAAAAAGCGGUGUUUAAAACCGUGUCCCUUACUAAGAUGAUCUGCAGAAUUGCAGGGUGGUCCCUGAUGCAUAUCAAGUUGGGACCUCUGGGAUAGUUGUGGAAAAGUGAUUUCUCAUUUUGUGCCCUAGGGAGACUUUUCAAAGUCCAGUUUGAGAUAUCUAGGUGAUGUACGACAUUGUUUUAUAACAUAAACAGGUGUGUGUGGGGGUUUAAAAAUAAUAAUUUUUUUUUUUUUUUUUUUAAACCCAUUGCCCUUUUCACUUGCCACAUGUAAAUAGAUGUCAUAUACACUAAUGCAUGCUAUAGCAGUAAUGUCAGCCGUGAUGAACACAUUUAAAAAAUCUAAAAACUGCAAACACAAAAAUAUUCCUUUCGAACUAUCUGGAGUGUGUACGUGUUUCAUUUUUUUUUUUUUUUGUGUGUGGAAGAUUUUAGGUCUUCCUAUGUCCAACAAUAAAUAGAAGUAUUCCCUAGAUAGAAAAUCCAAAUAGGGAGUACAGAGAAAAACGGGUUAUAAGGGUGGCAAUACGGGCAUAACCCUGCAUAAAGCACAAAAUAUACAAAAAAGUGAAGGAAGAACAACCCCGUGAUAAAUCAGGUUGUUCCUCUUCAAACCACCCCAAACAGAUCAACGUCUAAGGAAAAUAAAUAAAUUUUAUUAUUAAGAAUAGGACCAAAGAAACCUAACAACUCAUAUAUGACAGUGGACUAAAAAGUUCUAGUGGAAACAACAUGUAUCAAUCACUGUUAUAUGUAGAAAAUAAAACUCAAACAAAGUUAAAGCUACAUAUGAUACUGUGAACACACAUUGAACCUAACAGAAGGUCAGAGAGUGCAGAUUGAAUAAACUUGUAUGAAAAGAGUCAAUCAAUGAGGAGGACCAUAUAAAUAAAGAGGAAGUUCAAAUGAACCUUCAAGCUGAAAAAGUCAGUCUCAUAAUAACUCCAUAUUAUACUAUGUGGUCGCCCCGGUGUGUAUAAGCACUGAGUAAACUAUUAAUAAAAGUCCACUGAAAAUAAAUGAGAGAAAAGUAUAUUCAAACAAAAACAAAUAAAUCAAAUUACCUAAGGACUCACAGAUAUAACACAAUACUGUCUAUAAACUGCAAGGUUCCAGUAUAAAUGGAAGUGGUCAAAGCACUAUCCCAUAUAAUAGUCUAAACUCAAAAAGAGUUAGUGCUGAGUAUGAUUGUAUACAUGAAACCUGCAGAAAGUCAGAAAGUGCAUUUUAGUAGACUUGCAUUGGAAAUCGAAAGGAUAGGGAAGAUAUUAUAAGCAGAGAGGGAUAUAAAAAGUGGAGAUGGAUAUAAAUAUAAAUAUAAAGUAAGCCUAAAUAGGACAGACAAAACUAAAUAAAUCCACCUCACAGUAAAUCCCUGCUAGUUAGUCGUCCCGGUAUGUAAAACCGAUCAACCCCAAAGUCACUAUAUCAUAAGAGUACACUAAGGUAUAACAAGUGUUAAGAAUACAUCGGAAAAAAUAAGCCCAAAAUAAAACAAAAUAUAUAUAUUAUAGACAAAAAAGUGAUAAGAGUAAAGAAUUUCCUUUAAAAAAAGCAAUUCAAGAAAGUAUUUCUUUCAAAAUAUUUUUACACAAAGCUGGUGAUAAUGAGAGCAGGAUGGGAGGAUAAGAGGGAUAUAUAUAGCCCAAUAAGUCGUAUAUUUAUAUGAAGGGGGCAAAAGAAAAGCCCUCAUUCAGACCCAAGGGUUGGAGGGUUUUAAGUUCAUAUAUCCAUCUAGACUCCCUCUGUCUAAGUGUUUUAUCAAAAUCCCCCCGUCUAGGGGUCCUUUUUACUAAUUCCAAUCCACAGAAUUUAAGAUUACUAGAGUCCCCAUGAUGGAAUUCUUUAAGGUGUCUAGAUAUAGGUGUCUCAAGGCGGUUCCUAGGAGAUCUUACAUGUUCCAUAAUUCUAUCUUUAAAUGCUCUAAAGGUUUUCCCUACAUAUUUCUGUCCACAGGUACAUUGGAGCAGAUAUACAAGGCCUUUAGUAUUACAGUUAAAGAAGCUUUUAACUUUGAAGGAAACCAGUUCCUGGCUGUCACUGACAGUCUUGGAGUUCUUAAGAAUAAACUUACAGGCUACACAUUUACCACAGCCAUAUGUGCCCGUUGGUGGAGUCCCCAACCAGGUGGCACGUGGUUGUGUUCUAAUAGAAAAAUGGCUGGGUACCAGUAAGUCGCGAAUGUUCCGUCCCCUCCUAGCUGUAAUAUUGGCAUGUGGGCUUAGAGCCCCCUUAAGAUGUACAUCAUUCAAUAGUAUGGGCCAGAAUCUCUCAAGUGACUUCCGUACUUCUGGCCAUCCCCUAUCGAAUGUUGCAAUCAUACGGAUGAUUCCAGUAUCCUUCUUAGUCGUUUUAUCAGUAUGGUCACAUAGUAGUUCACCCCUCUCUGUUUGUAAUGCCUUCUUAUAGGCUCUUUUUAAACAGCGGUUCGGAUAACCCUUCUCCUUAAAAUGUUGUCGAAGUUGUUUCGCUUUUAAGAUAUGUCCAACACUAAUUAGUGGCAGCUGUGAUGUUCCUCAGUUUUUUCUUAAAUUUAAUCAAAUUAUUGAAAUAAUUUGCAAAUAAACAUGUUUGCAGUUAACAGAAAAUGUAUAGAUCCAAACAAACUUUAUUUUUGCAAAAUAAUGUCUGUGACUACCACAUUUGUGGCAUUUUAGUGCAGUGAAAAUGAAAAUUGGUAUUAAAUCAACCCAUUUUGCAAUGGGUCUUUGUCAAAUCUAACCUUCUAGAAUCAUAUACAUAAAUUUAUAGGCAGUUGAGAUUUUACAUAUGUGUGAUUUUUGCAAAGUACUGCAGCAAUAAAUUACUCAGUAGGGAGAAUAAAUGCAGGGUAUUUUCUACACUGUAAUAUUUCCAGAAAUGUAUGUAUUUUAUUUAUUUAUUUAUAAAAUAUUUUACCAGGAAAGAUACAUUGAGAUUUCUCUCGUUUUCAAGUAUGUCCUGGGUCCACAAAUCAUUGCAUUGUUACAUUAGGGUACAAUAAAAUACAAAAACAAUAUUAAUACACAAUAAAUACAAAAUUUAACAUAGAACAGGUAGGAAAUAUAUAAUCAACCAUGACAGGUGCAUUCUGUUUUGAGGUAUGUAGAGAGGGAUCUCUUAAAGGGCUUUAGGCUUAGGGAAGAUUUUAAAUUGUGCGGGAGGUCGUUCCACAAUUGCGGUGCUCUGUAGGAGAAGGAGGAUCGGGCCGCUUUCUUUUUGUAUUGAGGUAGACUAAGUAAAGUGUUAGUACUGGAUUGGAGCUUAUAGGAAGUGGGAACAGCUGGGGAAAGCAUUUUGUUCAGGUAGGGUGGGAGUUUCCCAGAAAAGCUCUUAAACACAAGGCUGGAAAGAUGAAUGGUGCGUCUGGAUUCCAGCGAUAGCCAGUUUAGUAAUUUUAGCAUGUCACAAUGAUGGGUCCUGUAAUUACAUUGUAGCACAAAUCGGCAGAACGAGUUAUACAAUGUGUUGAGUUUAUUAAUGUGGGAUUGCGAUGCAGAUGCAUAUACUACAUCCCCAUAAUCAAUGAUUGGCAUCAGCAUUUGCUGUACAAUCAUUUCCUUUAUUGUAGGGCUUAGGCAGGAUUUGUUUCUGUACAGGGCACCUAGUUUUGGAUAAAGUUUAGAUGCAAGCUUUUCUAUAUGCAGGCCAAAAGAUAGAUUGGGGUCUAACAUCAUACCCAAGUAUUUGAAAGAGUGGACUGCGGUCAGUGUGCCAUUUGAAUUUGUUUUGAUGGAUAGGUGGGAAUUGUGUAAUUUGUGUAAUGUAGGUACUGUUCCAAAGAUCAUUGUGACAGUUUUGUCAGUGUUCAGGAAGAGUUUGUUUUUUGCAAUCCACCUUUCUACCUCUGUAAACUGGUCUUGGAGCACAGCCUCAAGUUGUGGUAGAUCGGAUUUGCUCGCAUAGAUUACCGUGUCAUCUGCGUACAUAUGUACAUUUGAAGAUUUGUAGACAUUAGGCAGAUCAUUUAUAAAUAAUGUAAAUAGUAGGGGCCGAGAAUGGAACCCUGGGGAACACCACAUGUGACUGGGAGAGGGAGGGAGUCGCUGUCAGAAAUGGACACAUAUUGUGAGCGAUCUGAUACAUACGAUCGAAACCAGGUUAGCGAACGAUCAUCCAUACCUGAGUUUUUGAGUUUGUGCAGUAUAAUGUCGUGGUCUACUGUGUCAAAGGCCUUAGCAAAAUCAAGGAAAAUAGCUCCAGUUAGGGCUCCUUGUUCCAUGCCAGUUUGGAUGUCAUUGCAAACUUUUAAGAGUGCAGUUGUAGUGGAGUGAUUCUGGCGAAAGCCCGAUUGAUCAGGGGUCAGAUAGUUAAAUUGUUGGUAGUACUCACAAAGUUGCGUAUGGACACAUUUUUCUAAGAUUUUUGACAAUACUGGGAGCAAUGAUAUUGGGCGAUAGUUAGAAACCAAAGUAGUGUCACCACUUUUAUGGAUAGGCACUACUCUCGCAGUCUUCCAAAGUUUGGGUAUAUGUCCAGACACCAAGGAUUCAUUAAUUAGAGUUGAGACGGGUUUAGCAGUUGCCGGCGCACUGAGCUUCAACAGCAUUGCUGGAAUUUGAUCGGGUCUGGACUGGUUUUUCAUUUUUAGGUUAUUAAGAUGUUUUUUAAUGACACUAACAGGUACAGGUCUAAAAAUAAACUUGUCUAUAUUGGGCCUUUGCAAAUUUAGUAGGACCUGAUCCACAUUAGUAGUUUCAGGAUGCGUAUCAUUUAUUAGCUUGGCAAUCAGAGCAGUAGAGCAUCCGACAAAAUAAUUGUUAAAGGCAUUUGCUACAUCUAAGGGAAGUUGCAGGGUUUGGUUACCCACUUUGACAGUGGAGGGUUGGGAGUGGAUUGGGGGAGUUUGUAGUUUUUUUAUGACUUUCCAAAAGUUUCUAGGGUUUGAGAUGUUAUUGUUGAGAUUUUCAUAGAAAUAUUGGGCCUUGGCCAAUUUUGUCUGUUUUGUGCGUAUAUUUCGCCAUUGUCUAUAUGCACAGUGAUCAUUCAUAGAGCCAGUACGCUUAAACUUCGACCACAAAGAAUCCCGAAACUGGUACAUUUGGAUGAGGUCAGCUGUGAUCCAGUUCAUAUGUGCUCCUUUUACCCUCACCUUACGCAGCGGGGCAUGCAAAUUCCAAAUUUGUAGGAGUUCAGACUGAAAGAAUUCGACAGCACAGUCUAGAUCUGGGAUAAUGUUUAAUCUGUGCCAUGGGAGGUUCUUGAUGUCAUUUAGAAAGGAUUCAAGAUUACAUUUUUUGAAGGACCUAGUUAUUUUAACCUUGGGAGAGGAUUUAAUAGCCUUUAUUUUGCGCACGCAGUACACUAAACAGUGAUCACUGAAAAUGUUUGGGAGAACACCGGCCUCCUGGAUUCUAUCAGGAGAAGUGGAGAGAAUCCAAUUGAGCAGGAUAUGGUUAUGGCUUUUAAUUGUUUACGCGAGUUGGGGAGGAGAUUAAUUGCGUUAGCUGCAACAUCUUAAACAGCGUGCAAGAACUAUUAUUUUUAGGAUUCAGCCAAUCAAUAUUAAAAUCUCCAAAGACCAACAGUUCACUUUUUUGGGUUUUGAGCUAUGGUUUCACUAAGGAGAUGGGCUAUGUCAGAAAGGGAAUGCACAGGGGAGCUAGGUGGGUGGUAGAUUCCUGCAACAAUGAUUGAUUUACUGCAUGGGAUCUCAAUUGUGCCAAGCAAUUGUGCAAAGUUAUUAUGGUGCGCGAGUGGCCAUUUAAGGCAAAAAUAUAGUUAUUAUUACUAAUAGCAGGCAGGGAUUCGGCAUACGGUGCAGCUAGAAAUUUUAACUAGUGGUAAACGCAGAAAUAAAGAACGCACAGUAAAUCAAUGAAAGUGCAUUAAAUUGUUUUUUAGCACGCCAACAGUCGCACCCUCGCUGAUUCUUGUUACACUGAUUCUUUUUUGUUUGCUAUAUUUCUGUAUAUGGAAUAGAAUUCGUUCAUGUUUGACAAAGAUCCAAUACAAUUUGCAACUUUUCUGACUUGAGCAGUGGAGGUUUUAUUGCAUUAAUUACUGGGUAUUGGGAGAAGUCCUACUUUCACUGCAUUGCUAGCCCACACACCAUGUACUUGUACAAUAAGGUUACUUGCCAAAAAAAUGCAUAGCUUAUAAAACCACAAUUUAGCCACCUGUCAAUACCCACUGUCUUAAAGAGGAACUGACACUUUUUUAAAACUUAAAUUAAACAUUUAGCAUCUUCCAUCAUAAUCCAGUUCAGACAUGGCAAACAUUGCAAAUAAAGAGGAGGAAUGUGAACAUUGAGAAAUGUCAGUUUCCCCUUAAGGACCAAUAACGUUCUUAUCCUUGAUACAACAUGAAGCAUGCCCAGCUCACUUAGUGUCAGCAUGUCUAGACAGAGUAUGAAGAACCAGAAUGUUCAGUGCAGGCAGCAUACAAUGUCUUUUGUCCUUAGGGGGUUUAAACAAUGACCGUGGUAAAGACAGUUAUGUUAUACCAGCCAUGUUAAAGGACCACUAUAGGCACCCAGACCACUUCAGCUCAAUGAAGUGGUCUGGGUGCCAGGUCCCUCUGGUUUUAACCCUGCAGCUAAAAACACUGCAGGGUUUCACUGAGGGUUAAUCCAGCCUCUAGUGGCUAUCUCACUGACAGCAGCUAGAGGCGCUUCCGCGAUUCUCACUGUAAUAGGAGUAAUGCUUUCCUAUGGGCAGUUUGAAUGUGCGCGUGGCCCUUGCCGCUCAUGCGCAUUCGUAGUGGACAUCGGCAGGGGGAGGAGAGGUCACCAGCGCCAAGGGAGAAAGGUAAGUGGCUGAAGGGGGGGGGGGGACACCUACUGACCCUAGAGUUUGUUUUCCUGGCACUAUAGUGGUCCUUUAAGUCAGAAAAUCACUUUCAAGGGUUAUUGACAUCAGCCCUCAUAUGGCUGCUUUGCUUCUUCACAUAACUUACACCAUUCGUUCUCUCUGGAUCUGACUGAUGUUACAUAAUCUCGUGUUCCAUUCAAACAUCAUGUCACACAGGAACAUUUUAUACCUUUCAAAUACAGAGAUGCCAAAUUUUGCUGAAUGUGACUGAUGUUGUUUUUGCUAAUUUUGUAGGCAAGUUACAAGAAUUUACCUUAAAUGCGUAUUUUACAUGAUUAAAUUCAAUCUUACAUUAUAGUACUAAAAAUAUUUAAAAUAUCAAUGUGGGCUGCAUUUGUCAUAUCUGAUCUCUAGCAAAGUAGAUGGCCAAUUAGUGAUUUAUCAGGGUUGUUUUAAUGCAUCUAGUUCCCAGAAGAUGAAACCUUAUUAUUGAUAGAUGUUUCCGACCUGUUAUACCUUUUGAUAGAUUGGUACUCCACUUUAGAUAUGCUGAAAGAAAGCUGCCGAAUUGCCAGCAGUACCAAUUGGUCCGACGUGGACUUAUCACAGUUUCAAGGUAUGUGUCCUUUUUCUUCUUUAAACAAGUGUCAUUGUUUUAUUUCUUGGUUGAAUCACUGCAGCAUUCGUUGGCUUAUUUUAAUGAAUUAUCUAGACUGUACAUCUCAAAAGAACAUUCUCAGAAUGAGUGGAGAAUGCCUGUACAAAUCCAUUAAACGGUUGCUACAACCACAACGACCACUUCUGCUUUUUGAAAUGGUCAUGGUGGUUGGAGUCUGUUUCUCAGCUGCAUGUACUGGAAAAAAAAACAAAACCUGGGCAGCACUUCUGUUUAUGAAAAAAGUAAAAGUGACAGGUCAACUUUAAAUGCCAGCCAUGUGGAUGAUUGUUGUUGGAAUAACCAAUCCACAAAGACCUAAUACACUUUAGGAUAAUGUUGUUUCAUCAUAGGCUGCCUGUCUUAUUUGUCCUUAAACAGAUUGGAGAUCCCUUUUCUUUGCUUAACCUUCUAUUGUGAAUACCUUUAAGAAAACACGUGAUAACCAUUUGUAAUGUGAACCUGUGCAAACUUCAUAGCCUGGCACCUUUUGGAGCCGUAGUAUUUUCCCAGCAAACAAACUAUUCUUUUUUUUCUUCACUUAAAAUUUGGCAGGAGUGAGCCAGACUUGGAAAGAUUUCCUGGAAGCAUGGAUUUGCGCAGGGGUUGCAUGUCAAUAUGUACAUUUAUGGGACUUGCUCUCCUUUUCCAAUGCUUUUCUGUUCUUUUUAAAUGAACUAGAUCAUUUGCUCGGUUUGCGUACAAUAAGAUAUACAGUGCAAUUAUUUUCUUAGUAUUACUCAUUGCGGUUUUAAGGUGCAGCUGUCAUACAAUGUGACACUGUCACUUUAUAGAGCAAAAACUAUGCAUUGCGCUAGCCAGAUUGCUUGGCAGUUUGUAGAUUUAAGCUAUUUUUACUUAAAAUAUUUUAGCUUAUUUUCUGCUCUGUCUGCAUAGAGGUAAAAACUGCAAAUAUGACCAAUGUAUGGCAGACACAUGGGGCACUGCCAAGCCUGAUAUCCCAUAAUUUCUAGUACCUAGAACCAAUCAUUGAGUUCUCAUGCUCUGAUUUAUGGGAGGUCAACAAGCUACAGCAAUUAUAUUCAUCAUAAAAUAAAGCAAAAGUAAGUUAUACAUUGUAGUACCUGCAUAUGCCAAGCAAAACCGGUUAAUGCUCAUGAUGCCGAAUAAUUGUUUAUUGUGUUGAUCCUGCUGUCUAGUCUUGUGAUCGAAUUCUAAGUAGACUACUGCUGCUGGUUUGAAUUUUUUUUAGUUUUUUUUUUUUUUAGUUUGUUAUAAACUUUUACUUGUGUAAUGCUGCCAUGUACACAGAAUGCAAAAUAAUUAUUCUUCUGGAUUUUCAUACGCGAUACUGUAUGCUAUGUUAUAUAUACAAUUAUCGAAUCACAGUUUACUGUUUGUUCUACAAUUCACAAUGUGAGAAAUAUGGCAUUUGUCAGACGUAGUGAGUCAUUAUAGUGAUAAAGAUAAACAAACAAAAUAUGAUCACAGCAAAACAAAAUCCGCUGUGGAUGAAUGAUUGACAUUUGCAGUAAUCAGGAAUAUAUGAGCCAGAUUUUAAAGACAACCAAAUUAUACGCAUAGAAGUAGCGCAAACAAAGGUAGAAAUAAGCAACGAGCAAAAACAGACAACAAAAAAAAUCUCUUGAGGUUUCCUAAAACUUACAUUCAACCCUCAUACAGAUCGUUUAGACAUCUUAAAGAUGGCCAAUGAGCACUGGUCUCAUAUUUUGUAGACCUUGUAUCAGAUGCUGAUACUGAAACCUGCACUGUUGGGGAUACCUUGAGAAUUGAUGUGUGUCACACUGAUUUAGCCAAAUUAGUUUACAACUCUAAGACCAUUUUGAAACUAAUUAGAUAAACAUUUAAACCUCCGUUUCUCCCCGAUGUCUUUGGAAGUUAAUCCAUGAAGCCAGAUAUGAUUGGCAAAUUCACAGGCACCAUGGGUACUGCUGAGUGUAAUUGGCUCAGAUAAAAAUAAUAAAUGCACACAGAUAUGCUUCUUCCAAGAAUUGCCAUGUCUCAAAGCUACAGGGUGGUGCAUCAAAUGUCUUCACCAGCCAUCCGAAGUUCUGUUCGUCUCCAUCUUGCCAUUGGAUAUUUCUGUAAAAGCUGACUUGUGGUGACAGGACAGACUGUUUUAAGGAGCAAAGGUCAAACUCAGGAUUUAAAGAAAGUAUCUUACCUUUUGGGAGCAACAUUUUAUGCUCCCCCAAAUUCAAUUUUUUUUUAAAUUUUAUUAUUUUUUUUCCCCCCCUCAAUCCUUGUUUCCCCAUUAUAGGUUUAAUGGAAAGCAUGAGACAAGCAGAUCUUAAGAAUUGGUCACUCGAUCAAGUUCAGUUUGCCGACUUGUGCUCUUCGCUCAAUAAAUUCUUCACACAGACUGGCCUCAUCCAUUCACAGAGCAAUGUUCAGUCUCCAGUUUGCCAUGGUAACAUGCACACGGCAAAACCCACACAGCACCUCGGAUCAGGCAAGUUCUCUAUUUUAACAACUUCCUAUGGAAACAGGGGUGUCCAAAUUAUUGUUGGACUAGAGUACCUUUUAUUCUCCCAGUAUUAGAGCAGCUGGUGGGUUGUGCUUAGACAUCUCUGUUCUGUAAGCAGAGAAUGUAUGAUUCCAAUAAAUUAGUGCCUCCCCGCAGAUCUAUAGUAAUCGAUUAUGGUGUGGUAAAAACGUUAACAUGUUGCAGAUUUUGCAAAAUCGUUCAAUGUCCAAAAGAAAUUACCCCAUGAUGCUGACACAGUUCCCUUCCCUCAUAAAGCUUACAUUUGUCAUACAAAGUUUUAUGUACUGUUAAGGAUCCCAAAAUGCUUAAUACAAGAUAAUUUUAACACAUUAUCACUUUGAGAACCUUCCACUUAGCAUAUUGCCAUUAUUGGUUCACAGAAGUAUGGUGUUUCAUUCUGUUGGCCCUUUGCUAACCACAUGUACAAUGACCAUGCAUAUUACGAUGUAUAACAAUUUGGCUUUUUAUCCCCUCAUCUCUGAUAUUUGUGGGUACUUGACUGCACUCAUCCUAUAAUGCUUAAAGGGAUACAAUAGUCACCUAAACAAAUUUAGUUUAAUGAAGCAGUUUUGGUGUAUAGAUCAUGCCCCUGAAGUCUCACUGCUCAAUUCUCUGCCAUAUAGGUGUUACAUCACUUUUGUUUCUGUUCAUACAGCCCUAACCACCGCUCCCUGGCUGUGACUGACAUAGCCUGCAUGGAAAAAAAUGACUUCUGUUUCAAUCAGAUGUUAACUUGCUUUAGAUAUUUUUAUCUCCUGCUCUGUAAAUUGAACUUUAAUCACUAACAGGAUGGUCCUGCAGGGUCUAGCAAGCUAUUAACAGAGCAAGAGAUAAGACAUUCUAAAUUAAACAGAAUUAGUGUAAAUAUUAGAUUAAUCUUUACGGGAAGUGUUUAGGAAGGCUGUAGAUAACAUGCAGAGAGGAGUGACUAGGGUGCAUAAACAAAGUGAUUUAACUCCUAAAUGGCAGAUAAUUGAGCAGUGCGACUGAAUGGGCAUGAUCUCUACACCAUAACUGCUUCAAUAAGUUAAAGUUGUUUUGGUGACUAUAGUGUCCCUUUAAUCCCCUAAAACCCCUUGGCCAAUCACAGGAACUUACUAAUACUCCAGAAUAUGUCAAAAAAGACAAAAGGGUAGAAUCAGAAAGAAAAAUUAUCAGCACCUAGAUUUUUUUUGUGCAUGCAAAGGGUAGCAUAUUGAUAGGCCAGGUGGACCAGCAUCUUGUAAAUUCACAGGGGGGCGGGGGGGUUCUCAAAGUGUUCUGAAAAGUGGCUUUUAAAUGCCAUCAUUAUUUUGAUCGUUUUUAUUAAGGUGGUCUAAAAAGUGACACUUUUCUUCAUAGUAAAUUCUUCCUGUUUUUGUUGUAAUUUCCAUUUCAGAAGAUCACCAAAUAUCUUGUGGAAUAAAUAUUGCACCCAUUUUCUUGACUGCAAAUAUUCCUAAAUCAAUUUCGUCAGUGAAGAAUUUACACUUAUUCAAAAAUUAUGGUUAGGGUGCAAAAAAAACAGAUGGGGGAAAAAAAAAAUCUGACAUUUAAUAAAUUGCUCCAAAUAUUUCCCUAAAGUUAGAUGGAAAUGUUUCAGUUUCACGUAAAUAAAUGUGACUCAUUGUUUCCGGACAAAGCUCUAACUUGUAAAUGGUUUGGUUUCUUGUACUUAAAUUUGUAAAGUCACCUCUGGUAUUUCUUGUCGUACAGGAAAUGUUUACCUUGAUUCUCGGCAAAAUUUACCGCCAUCAAUGAUGGGACCUCCAAGUUACCCCCUCAUACCACCACCAAUGAGCACUACAGGAUCCGCCAUGACAGGUACAUAUAGAAUACACUGCCUGCUUGGGCUGGUAUUUUGAGGUCACAAAAUUAUAUUCUGUUUCUACUGUAUAAUGGCUGUUCUCAAUUCCCUUUUAUUUUAUUUUAUUUAGUUUAAAAAUGCAUUUGUUUGAAUGCUACAUCUGUAUAAUGCAAUAAGACUCUGCUCUACCUACCACCACCACCACGUAUGAUUUCUACCUAAUCAUUUUGACCUCGCCGUUUUAGUUGAGUUUAGUCUUUUCUGUCUUGAACCUGGUAAAUUAGUUUUCCUACCAGAAUCCCCUUUUUCCAUUGUCGUGCCAAAAAAGCCUUUUAUACCGAUGUGAAAACAAACUUAAAAGAAUAUAUAUAUUUUUUUUAAUCCAGCACAAAUUACACAGUCAUGGAAAAAAAGUAUGUACACCCUCUUUAGGUUUAUGGAUUUACAUAUCAGGACAUAACAAUUGUCUGUUCCUUAACAGAUCUUAAAAAUGGUUAAAUACAAUCUCAAAUAAAUAACAAUAGGUAACAUUCCACUCAUUCAUGAUUUAUUUAACAAACAUACAACCAAAAUGGAAAAACCAUGUGUGAAAAAAUAAGUACACUACAUGAUACAAUAGCUUGUAGGGAUUUGAAUCAAACUGUUUGAUUAUUUGUCUACCUACUCCUUUCUAAAUUGAUUGUGCGCAUGUCUUCUAGAAGUUAAUCACACCGGACACAUUGCAGGUUUAUGAAGGACUUCAGACAGGCCUACAUUCCAGGGGGUGCGAUUCCCUUUUAAAGCAGAAAUACGUCAUGUACAGAGUCACAGUUAACAUAAAGUAUACAUUCAUCAAUUGGUUAACAGUCUAAGGGGUCUUGUCUAAACCCUCCCUACUGGGCGUGACCCCAGCAUCAUCACAUGACAUUUCUUUGUAUCCCAGCCCCAUUCCUGCUCCAUUUUACUACACGUGGCAUGUUUCUAUAGAGCUUUUAGUUGCACAAAGGAAGUGGGGGAGGAGUUAGUAAAGGAAGCUGUUCCUUUAACACAGGAAUUUGUUACACGAGGCUUGCUCGAUGGGAAGGGGGGAGGGUAGCAGGAUGGGAGGAGCACACAGAGGGGGGUAAGGGAAGCUUUUACUCUAGCAGCCAGUCUUACACAGUGAACACAGAUACACAGAAUAAAUAGACAUUAGUAAAUAGACAUUUUAUCCAUUCAAGUAUUUUGUCCAUAACAGUAGGACCACCUUUAGCAGCAACAACUUGAAGUAUCAAUCUCUCCCAUCGUUGUGGAAGAAGUUUGGCCCACUCUUCUUUACAAAGUUGCUUAAGUUCAUUGAGGUUUGCUGGCAUUUGUUUAUGCACAGCUCUCUUGGGUCCAGCCACAGCAUUUCAAUCAGGUACUAGACCAUUGCAUUGAUUCCUUUCUUUUUCAGCCAUUCUGUUGUAGAUAUGCUGGUGUGUUUGGGAUCAUUGUCAUUGUUGCAUGACCCAAUUUUGGCCAGGUUUUCGCUGUCGGACAUUUGACUCUAGAAUACUUUGGUAUAAAGAGGCAUUCAUGGUCGAUUCAAUGACCUAAAGAUUCCCGAGUUCUGUGUCUGCAAAACAGUCCCAAAUCAUCACUCCUCCACCAUCGUGCUUAUCAGUUUGUAUGAGGUGUUUGUGCUGAUAGGCUGUAUUUGUUUUUUGCCAAAAGUGGCACUGGGCAUUGGCACCAAAAAAUCUCAGUUUUAGUUUUGUCUGUUUGGCAUUGUUCUAGAAGUCUUGUGGUUUAAGGUGCAACUUUGCAAACCUAAGCUGUGCUGCCAUGUUCUUUUUAGAAAGAAGAGGCUUUCUCCUGGCAACACUUCCAAACAAACCAUGCUUGUUCAGUUGUUUUCUGAUUGUACCGACAUGUACUUUAGCAUUUAAUAUUCUAACUGAGGACUGUAGAGUCUGAGAUUUAACUUUUGUUUUGUUUUUUGCCAUUUCUCUGAGCAUUGCACGGUCUGAUCUUGGGGUGAAUUUGCUGAGACCACUCCUGGGAAGAUUGGCAACUGUCUUCAAUGUUUUCCAUUUCUGAAUAAUCUUAAUCAUUGUAGAAUGAUGGACUUUUAAUUGUUUGGAAAUGGCCUUGUAAUCCUUACCAGUUUGAUGGGGAUCAGCAAUUGAGAUAAUUGCUGAUGUCUUUCCUCCUCGUCAUUGUGUUAACACACACCUGCUCCAGACCAGCAAACUGUUAAAUCUUCAGAUUUUGUAGAGGUGGUCACUUUUGCUGAUGAUCAAUCAAUCAAGGGCAUUUGAUUAGCAACACUUGUCUGGAAGCAGCAAGGGUGUACUUUUUCACACGUCUUCUCCAUUUUGGCUUUAUUUUUGCUAAAUCACGACGUUGUCAGGUCAUGUAUUGUUGUUCAUUUGAGGUUGUUUUUAUCUAAUUUUAAAGACCUUCUAAGGAACAGAUGAUUGUUAUUAUGUCCAGAUUUGUGAUACCAUAAAAUUCAAAGAGGGUGUACAUAUUUUUUCCCAUGGCUGUAUACUUUGUGCUUUAUUAAAAAAACAUUCUUUUCAAUUUGUUUUCUCAUUGCUAUUAAUGGCUUUCUUUGUACGGCAAUGAAAUAAGGGGAUUCUAGUAGGAAAAAACAUUUUCCUGGUUAACUAUCAAGAUUGGGAGACCUAAUAAUGGUUUCAAGGACCUUUCCGUGCUUAACCUUUAGGUCACAGAGCGGAUCCUCCCUUUUGGGUGCGGUUGGGCUUCUGGGUACUCACUAUGCCCUUCCUGCACUGCAAUGGGAAAUAAAAUGAAAAAUGUAAUGACACACUUGCACUUCUCUUUCAUGUAGGUUGGUAAAUAAUGUUUUGCAUGUGUGGUGAGGCUGCUUAUGGGAUCGUGUGUGUGUGUGUGUGUGUGUGUAGAGGAGGCUGUUUGUGGUAUAGUUUGUUUAAAAGGAUCUGUUUGUGGUGUAUUAUGUCUCAAUGGGGGCUGUAGCAUGUGUAUGUGGACAUGAGUGCCUUGGGGUGUCUUUUAGUGUGUGUAUGUUUAUAGGGACUGUAGUGCUUGUGUACAUUUGCAUAAGGGGGUGUGGUGUGUGUGUCUGUGUAUAGAGGGUGUUCUGUGUUUAUGGGGGUAUAUUUGUGUAUGUGUCAUUUAAUAUUUGAUCAAAUAAACAAAAUCAUACCUCCCCUCAAUGUUGUUACUUUCUGAUCCCUGGCAGCCCAGUUUGCUGGGUAAUACCAGGGGCUCCAGCACUUAAGUGCCAAUGUUGCCAUGGUAACCAGUGGCAGCCCAUUGAUUGGCCAGAGUUUAGUAUACAGCUAUUCAUGUUCUGCCUCUUGUGGAGGUGCACACACUUGGCAUUAGAGUGGGAUAGACAGCAUGGCCCCACACCCAGCGGCACACUAAGCACCAUCAGUCCGUGACAUUGUGUGUGGCAAGUCAGUCGAACCUCUGGGUGUGGGCUGUGUUGCCCACUGUGUGCCCCUGUUACCAUGGCGCCCUCUGCAACUGUACAGCGCACCCACCGCAAAUGCUGGUCCAUUAUACACAUGCUGCUUAAAGUGGUUUCCAUGAUCAUGUGCCUUUAAAACAUUGUCCAUUCCUCAAUGUUUUAUAUUCUUUCAUUGUAUGCACUUAUUUUUCCAUUCUUUAACAAAUCUAAUUUUGUGUUUUUUUGUUUUUGUUUUUUUUUUAUAAAUAGAAGCAAGCUAUUUAUUUCCUUCUUGCAAAGAGGAGUAUCAUACAAACUGCAACCACCCUGACGUCAUGCUUUGUAAUUUAACAGGACACCACGGAGUCAUGAACCAGCAGCACAUGAUGCAGUCCCCCAACUUCCACAUGCGCCGUCCGCUUCCUGCAGAUGACAUUCAAGAUGACUUUGAUUGGGACUCUAUUGUAUAG